AUGAAUAAUCUUACUUUAAACAAUAAUAUUAAUGAUACUGAUCUUAAUGAACCUUAUGAAGAUGUCAUUGGAACAGGAGUACUUUUAAAAAAAGUCAUCAAUGAAGGAAAUAAUAUCAAACCUGUUGAUGGUGAUAUUAUUAAAAUAAUUCUUAUUUAUCAUGGUCUAAACAAUUCUCAUUCAGAAGAAAUAACUUUUACUUUGGGAUAUCUUUUGAAUACUGAAGGAAUUGAAUUAGCCUGUAAGUAUAUGGAUGUUGGAGAAACAGCAAUUUUUAAAAUAAAAUCUCAUCUAGCUUAUGGAGAAAUUGGCUUACUUGAAAAUUCAUGUAUAAUACCUCCAAAUCAUGAUUUAAUUGUUCAAAUUCAUUUGAUAUCUAUAGAAGGACACCAGAAAUUGUUACUAGAUGAUACUCCUAUAGAUGAAAUUUUAGAAAAUUUUAAGAUAUUUCGAAAAAAAGGUAAAUUUUAUUUUCAAAGAGGUGAACUUGAUAGAGCAAUGUUUAUUUACAAUAAAUUAUUACAUAUUUUGGAUGAAAUAACCAUUAAUAGAUUUGAUAAAUUGUUACUUAUUGAAAUGUCAAUUCUUCAAAAUAAUCUAGCAGUAUGUUAUUAUAAAUUAAAAGACCAUACAAAUGCUUUAAAAAUGUCAACAGCUGCUGUUUCCACUAAUCCAGAAAACGUCAACAUCAUCUACAAACACCUUAUAAUAUUGAAGGAUUUAAGAUUGUAUGAAAAAGCAAUUACUUUAAUUGAAAAAUCUAUGAUUAAUUUACCUUCAGAGAAGAUGGAAUUAGAGAAAAGAUUUAAUCAAUUUAUAAAGUAUAAAAAAAAAGUUGAUGAUGAUCAACGUGAAUUCUAUAGAAAGAUGAUGAGAUGA